UGGACAGGUGCUUUGCUUCACUGCAGAACCCCCAGUUGUUUUAUGAAGGCUGGCAUUCAUUUCUGCUGUUUUUAUUUUCACUCGAAGAGAUGUCUUUCCCGUCCUCUUUUGGUACGCAGGUCGCAGCCAUCAUGGACGUGUUGGCGAAAGCUGCGGUGGCCGAAAUAACGAAGCUGGUGGAGGACGGGAGUGUGGUUCUGCGCCUAGAGAUGUGUCGGAGAGACACUGAGAUUCAGGAGCUCAAAAGAAGUUUAAAGCUGAUGGAGGCUGAACUCAGCAACGCUCAAGAAGCAGCCACGACCCGAGCUACCGAAGAAAAACACAAGCAAACAGCAGCAGCCGGGAACCAGGUCCCCCGAAAAGAUGAAAUAGAAGAUCAGGAGGCCUGUGCUGUGUAUCCAGAGCCGAAGUCUGCUCAGUCACUAUGCGAGCCUGGACAGAGAACAGAGGAGAGCCAUGAAAUGAGGCCAGAAGUGAAACACGAGCCCGAGGAUGGACCCACCACCCAGGAAACAACAGACAACACUGUGACAACAGACAUUUGCUUCGAGGCGGGAAAGAGAGAUGACCUGAUCUGGCCUCCUCCUGCUUGCCGCAUGUUUGAGAAAAGCUCCGUUGCAAUGCAGCAGCACAUACAGAUUUUCCCUCCUCGCGCUGAGCAAUAUGCUGCUCACAGAAAUACAGAAACCUCCUUUAACUCUCCAUCAUCAGCAGCAGAGGAAAUCGCAGAUGAUUCCUUAAGUGUGCCGAUAAAAGUAGAGGAAGAGAUUCGACCUCUGUGCAUGGGAGGAAUUACUUCAGAGUCUGGUCACAGUGAACAGUUCAGACAGGCCUCACACCCUGCAGUCAGUCAGGACCAGCGCUUGCAGUCUGCUUCACAACAGGCCGGGCCCUCACUAGCCCUGCCUCAGAGGCCAACCGCAGAUUUGUCAAGAUCAAACACAGAAGAUCACAUCCUCAAUAAAAACAACCUGAGAGCAAAACGGCAAAUGAAUGUUUGGAGAACAAAUCAGAAACUGUUCGUCUGCUUGGUCUGCAACAGGGGCUUCCCUCGCAUGUCUCAGCUAGAGGAGCACAAGGCCUCCCACCAGCCCUUUAAACCUUUCAGAUGCCUCGAAUGUGGGAAAUCCUUCACCCAGAAGACCCGGCUGAAGACACACCAGAGUGUGCACACGGGGGAGAGGCCGUUUAGCUGCAAAAUCUGUGGCAAGAUGUUUUCGAGGCAGGACAACUGCCUGAGACACGAGCGGUUCCACAGCGGGUUGAAGCCGUACAGCUGUGGACAGUGUGGUAAAAGCUUCACCGUGCUGGGUAACCUCAAAAUACACCAAGAGAUUCACCUGCAAGGGAGGUAGCGUUCAGGGACAGCGGCUCUCAGUGACGCUCACAAGAGAAUUUGCACAGUGUACUUUGACAGGUUUGAUGUGUCGAAUGCAGCCAUAAAAUGUCUAGCUUGCAUUUCAGGGGGCAAGGCAUGUUAUUGUUUUAUUUAUAAAUUUCUCUUACCAGUGUACUGCAUAUGUUUGAAAUGCAGACUCAUCAUAUCGCCUAACCAUACCCCAAAAACACAACUCAAAAUGGCCAUUUCAGUCUUCAGUUUCAUGGUCUUCUUGUGGCAGCUUUUGAGGGCGGCCCCUUUUGGUAGAUUUUCAGCUGUGCAAAAGUUUCUCUCAGAGAUGCAACAAGCCAACGUGCUGCAUUGAUAUCGGUGCAGCUAACACAUUGUAUAUAAAGAUGGAUGAUGCAUCUCCACUCACUCCCAUUGUGAAAAUAAAACCAACAUAUCCUAGAUACAGCAGCUGCCAUCUUGUGCUGGUGAUGUCAUUUGGAGCUAAAGUCUGCACAGUAGCAGUCUUCAGUCCCCACCUUUACAACCCGUCGACCAUUCACAAGCAGAGCCAUUGAUCUUGACCACACCGAUUAUCAAAAAGAGCUGUCAAUCAUGAUGUCCAGGCCCCUUUUUAUGGCAUAAAAAAAUUAACAAAAACCAACCUUAUCAGAAAAACAAACACACAAACAAACAUCAGCAUAAUAGGAACUACCUAAAGCAGAAACCAUUUUUGGGACAAAAUGAAUGUAAUGUGAACUUUCGAGGAGCUGUCAUGCCGUCCAUCUUUAUAUAAAGUCUAUGGUGGUUCUACUCUUCUUUUUUUCAGAGAGUUAUGUAUCUGCCAGGACAUGACUGAUCCAAAUUAAACUCACUUUCUUUUUUAAAGUCAGAAAAUCAGUGCCUCUUUUGCCAGUUUAUAUUUAGUUUAGUUGCUCCGGGCUCUCCAACUCAUUUUUUUCUCUGGGCUCUAUUACCUUACAUAAUGAUGAUUUCAGUUGUGUUCCGUGCAGUUUGAGGAAAACAGAGUACAGGUAUCAGACCAGUACUCCAGUACACCGGUACUGUGUCUGCAGAUAUCCUCACUUCAGGAAUCUGUAUCAGAAGAGUAAAAGUUGGAUUGGUGGGUGCCUAACUUUUCUAGUUUCAUCAUGAUCGUACUGUACUCGGAGUAAUUUCAGUGCCUUGGAAAUUUUCUGUAGUCCUCUGUGAUUGGUACGUUUUUGUUUUUUUUUGUUUUCUUUUUUAGAUGCUCCUUGGUCUUCAUGAUGUUGGACCUUUCCAGAUACAGACCCUAAACUAAACACCUUGAUAACACAAGCUGUGAACAUUCAACUUUAGUAUGUGGCCUCUAAAAACAGCUGGCUGCACCAGUGAUGAUGUAACUGGGUCAUAGUCAACGAAAUAUGGGUGUGUGCCUAUGCAAUGAAAUAUUAUCUGUACAGAUUUGGUUUCUCUUGACAUUAAAGUAUGUUAAUGUUCUCAGUUUUUGUUUUUCCCAUUUGUCUUAAAGGUAGCCACUUUAAUUCAUGUUUUCCCUUAAAAUAACUAUAUGAAUGGGUAACUAUGUACGCCUGCCCCCCUUUAUGAACUUAUGUAACAUGUACUAUAAAUGCUUCUAUUUAUUUUAUACAUUUUGUUUUAUUUAUUUACUAUUUUUAUGUCUUUGUUUUAAUGAUGAACGUUCUACAUUUUGAGUUAAUGAAUAUUGUUGUUUUAAAUAUUUUAUUUGGA